AUUUUCAAUCUACAUUCAUAUCAUCUUCAAUCUACAUCCAUAUUAUCUCGACCCGCAUUUGUCCUUGCUUACCCGAACCAUGCCACAAGAUCAGAAACACCACCCUUCAAAACGCAUGCCCUAAGAAACCGAUGAAACUACCAUCCAAUCUUCUUGUUUAAAGAUCUACAAGGACUAGAGAUUGGCAACAAGAGGAAACUAAGCCAAAAAAUACAGAGGAAGGCGUCUAACAAAAACAAAGACACAACCAAAAUUUUUACAUGCCGGGAGAAGCCAACCCAGCAGCCACAAGCCUUUCCCCUCCAAGCAAAAAUCACAAAGAGGAACUACCACAGGAGAAGCAACACCAAUCAAACAAGCAGUCUUCAAUAGAGGGCGCAACUCAAGCCAUCCAGCCAAGAAACCGGUCAAACAACGCACACAAGCUGGACAGGAGGGAGAUCAAGACUAAACCGGUCAAAUUAAGCUGAAGGUCCCUAGGGUUUCAAAUGAGCUGGAGAUUGGUGCUGUAUACUUGCAGUUAGCUAAUAUGUAAGUUCGUUUUUCCGAAUUUGGCUGUGAAUGAUGCUAGUGUGACUAACAUUCUAGUCAAGAGGUUUGGAAAUCUUCUGAUUUGUAUAAGCUCUUGAUGGAAGAUUAUAAUGGGAUUCAAACAAAUCGAUAUGCUCUAAUGUGAAAUGCUUUUGUUAAUUUUUUCACAUUUGGACCGAUUCAACAUUGUUAGGAACACUCACUGUCAUAGUCCUACGGUUGAAAACAAGAUUUAUGUAUAUCCAAACAUUUUGGAUCCUCGGUUCAACAGCAACUUAGAUGAUUUACGCAAGAUUGUAAGGUGUUCAAGGUGUACACCCUAUUCCAACGCUCUAUAAUUUUGUGUACACCCCUCAAAUUAGGCUAUUUUAUAAUUAACCUUGUUUCUAUCUCUUUAUUCUUCAUUAAACGCAAGGAAAUUGAUUUAAACCCUUUCGACAGAUGAAAAACAAGAUCUCUCUCUUGGUUUGUACAACAUAAACUACUAUCAGCUCAAGUACUUUGUAUAUGAUUCAUUCUUCUUCAUGCAUUUUAUGAAGUCGUCAUGGCUUCAAAACUGAUAAGACUUGCACCACAUGAGGCGGAGAACGAGUUUGAGCUCUCUCUGAGACAAUCCUUUGAGACUGUUGAGCUGCAGCUGAGACCCCCAUUCCCUUUGAAGAUUCCUAGCCCACAAGAAUACUCACAGUUGAAUAGUGCAAUACUUUAUGGCGUUUUGACUGAACCCCACUUUGCCAAAGUCCACAUCAAGCAUCUACAUGCGAUUGUCACUGAUGGGUAUGGUUUAUUUGUGAGUUUGCUUGUUAAAGUUGUUAAUGAAUUGUAUGUGAAACUUUUUUAUUCGGUGAAAAGUCAGCUGAUUUGGGUUACCAAGGAGAUGAUUGAUGUUUUAGCUAUAGGAUUUAAUGGUUUGUUGUGUUGUUUGUUGAGGCAAAUUGUUGGUGGGGAUUUUAGUGAUGAGAAUUUGUGGUUGUGUUUUGAGCUGGUUAGUCUGUUUUUGGGUAAAUGGAAUUGUUUAUUAGAGGAGGAACCUUUGGUUUUGAGUAGUGCAUUGUAUACUUUUCUGCGAUUAUUAGCUGAUCAUUGUAGGUUUUCAAGUAAUGAGAAAUUAGAUCCUUUGAAGCAGUUGGAGAUUGAGUUUUGUGUUAAGAUGUUGAGGGAGCAAUUUCAUUUGUGUUUAAAGGUAGGUAGGGAUCUUGUUCGGUUGCUACAGGAUUUGUUUCAUGUUCCAGUGUUUCGAGCUAUAUGGAAAGAUUUGGUAUUGAACCCCAAUGAGUUUAAGACUCCAGGGUUUUCAGAUUUAUCACAAUUGUAUCACCUCAGGACUUCAAGUUGCUAUUUUUUACUUAGGAUCACUCCUGAGAUGGAAAACCAGUUGCGGUUUUUGCUUACACAUGUGAAAUUGGGAAGCCAAAAACGAUAUCAGUCAUGGUUUGCUAAGAAGUUUCUAUUUGGGCCAGAGAGAGAGACUCUUAUAGUUGACAUUGUUAGGUUCAUAUGUUGUGGGCAUCACCCUUCUAAUGAAGUUCUUCAAUCGGGUGUUAUUCCUAGAUGGGCUGUCAUAGGUUGGCUUCUAAAAUGUUGCAGAAAGAAUUAUGUUGCAGCAAAUGCGAAGCUGGCACUGUUUUUCGACUGGCUUUUCUUUGAAGAAAGUUCAGAUAAGAUCAUGAAUAUUGAGCCUGCAAUUCUGUUGAUGGUAUGCUCCAUACCCCAAUACAUUGACAUGACAUUCACCCUUCUUGAUUUUUUGUUCCUCCUUGUGGACAACUAUGAUACAGACCAUAAUGAUAUUGUAGUUAGAGGAGUAACAUCUUCUUUUGGUGCAUUGGUUAAGAAAGGAGUGAUUCACUCACUGGAUGUAUUGACCUCAUGCGAAGCACUUUCUCCGCAUCUGAAAGAGAGGCUUGGGAAGCUUGUGUUAGCUUCGAAAGCUGGCCUUUCUAAGGAGCUGCAGUCCAGGGUGCAACUUUUAGCACCAUCUCCAGAAAGACAACCAACAAAAACCGAGGAAGUUGGAUGGAGAACCAGAUCUGCUGAUGCUUCUAUUUUAGUUUCAGAUGACUUGGCUACUCCUUGUAGUUCACUAGUUAUUACUGCUGAAACUAUCAUGAGUUUGGUUCAAAAUCUGGGAGAAGCUAUAAAAAAUUCAACCAAACUUGGUCUUGAAACUUUGGAUGCACUACUUCUUUCAUUUGUAAAACUUGAGUCCCAAAACCCCGAAAGUGCUUCUGUUGACCCGGAAGUUUUGUCUUCUAAAAUCUCGAAGGAAUUUGAUUUGAAUGGAGACAAGCUGUUUGCUUCUCUUGAGAAUUCUCCAGAUGCUCUUGAGCAUGACGAUGAAAUUGGGUCAGCAACGGCCUUCAUAAUUCGCACAUUAAUAUAUUCACAGCAUGAGAAGAUGCAAAAAUUGUUGUUGUUCUGGUUAAAGAAUGGUUUUCCUGUUGGAGCCCGCAUAUUAUCUUAUGCUUCAAGGCUAGCUUAUGAGGCAGAUAUAGUGAAAAAUUUGAUGGUUGACAAUGAUCUUUUAAAAAUAAAUGGUUCAGGGAUGGAGCUACUGAUCUUUCAUGCUGAUGGUUAUUUUUCUUUUCAGAAUGAAAGAAAAAGAGGUUCCUUUGGAUCUGUUGUUUCAACUUUUGUACCUGAUAAAGAAUUAGUUGCUAAGUUAGUGGAUAGUGCUUUUGCUGCUUACAGAUGUUUCCUAACAUACUUGAAAACUAUCUCACAUGGGGAAGAUGAUACAUCUCUGUCCAAGCUCCUUCUCUUUGACUUGAUAUCUUGUUACAAGUGGGGAAAGAAAAGACAGAAAUUCUUACUUGGCAGCAUCUUUCGUCAUCUCACUGAUUUAUCAGUUAGUGAGGAAAACAUUAUCAAUUUUAUUGUCAGUUUGGAUCAUGCUGAUCUUGUAGAUAUACGGCUAGAAAUUAGCUUGAAGAAAUACUCUUUAUUUGGGGAAAAUAUAGAAGCCAUUUCCCACUUAAUUAUGAACUCUCUCCAUUGGGACUGCCUAGAACAACAUAAAUUUUGGGACUUGGUUCGAUCAGAGCUUGCAGUUUCUAAGGUUCAGGUGGAGAAGAUCAUUUUGAAAUUUUUCUGCUCUCAUGAAUUAGAUGCAAAUGUUGAUGCCAUCGCUGUUGGAGGCCUUUUGUCAUUAUGCAAUUGUUGUGCCCCAACGCCUGAGCUUGUUGGGGCAAUAAUGUUAUUGCCAAAUAAUGUAUUCCAGGACUUUUCAGCUGUAGCUCUGGCUGCAUGGGUUAUAUCUAAUGCCUCAAUGUUGUUUGACAGCUUAGCUAAAUUUUCAGAAAAGUUUGACAAGAAGAAUGAAGAUUCUGUUUUCUCCAAUUCAACUGGGAUUAUGAUAAACCGGUCUGCUAUUUUAUGGUUAGUGAAUCAUUUUAAUGUGCAGGGGACAAGUAGCUCUGAUGUUUUGAGUAACUUGUCUGUCAGUCUAGAAGGCUAACAAGCAGCAUGUAUAAGUGUCAGGAUGAUGUUUCUUUCACCUUCUGGGGCAAGCCACAGACUCUGUUUGAGCAGACAAAGCCUGCACUUCCAGCUCUCAAGCGCCUUUUGCAUUCAAAUGAUGACGAAGUCCUCAUAGAUGCUUGCUGGGCUUUAUCAUAUCUAUCAGAUGGCACCAAUGACAAAAUCCAAGCUGUUAUUGAGGCCUGUAUCUGCCCCAGGCUAGUUGAACUUUUACUUCAUCCAUCUCCUUCAGUGCUCGUUCCUGCCCUUCGUACAGUUGGAAAUAUUGUUACUGGGGAUGAUAUGCAGACUCAGGCAGAAAUGAUAGAGAGACAUAAUUAAGAGUAGCUCUUAAGGCUCUGCCAUGCCUUUUGAACCUGUCGACAGAAAAUUACAAGAAGAGCAUCAAGAAGGAAGCUUGUUGGACUAUCUCAAACAUCACUGCUGGAAACGUAAAUCAGAUACAGGCUGUAAUUGAUGCUGGUAUCAUUGCACCCCUUGUUCAACUGCUUCAAAAAUGCUGAGUUUGAGAUCAAGAAGGAAGCUACAUGGGCUAUUUCAAAUGCUACUUCUGGUGGUACGAAGGAGCAGAUAAAGUUCUUAGUGAGCCAUGGGUGUAUUAAGCCCUAGUGUGAUCUCUUGAACCGUCCAGACCCAAGAAUUGUUACAGUUUGCUUGGAAGGGCUUGAGAACAUCUUGAAGGUUGGGGAGGCUGAGAAAAAUGCAGGUAAUACAGGAGAUGUGAAUGUGUUUGCCCAAGUUAUUGCUGAGGCAGAGGGUUUAGAAAAGAUUGAAAACCCUCAAAGUCAUGAUAACAAUGAGAUAUAUGAGAAGGUGGUGAAAAUUCUGGAGACAUUGGGUGGAGGAGGAUGAAGAUGAGCCAUUACCUCCUGGUGAUGCUUCCCAAGCUGGAUUUCGUUUUGGAGGCAAUGAACUUUCUGUUCCUUCUGGUGGAUUCAACUUUAGUUGAAGGACAUUCAGUUGGUUACAUAUUGAAGGUCAGAGUACACAUAUGGACUGGUUCAUUAAUGCAGUCUCCCUGCAAUGCAGCCCCUGGAAAUUACAGAGUCUAGAGUCUUCAUUUUUAUCUUUCAUUUUUUUGGUGGUGGUUCUUUUUCAAGUGUCCUCGUUUUUUAAAGCAAGCGUGGGCCAUGCAGAGCUACCGAUCGUCUCAACUUUUCCUUGGAGCAACAAAAGAAAAAUAUAUAUUUGCUUCUUCUCUUAAAGGUUUCCUUUUUACAUUUUUCUGUUUUAUUUUUUCAUUUGGAGUAUUGCGGACCGCCUGAUUAUUAUUUUGAUCAAGAUUAAUGAUAUAUAUAUAAUGUUUGGUCAACUUCUGUAAACCACUUGCAAGCGCACGAUUUAGCAGUUGGUCUAUC